CCAGGGACUAAGCAGCCGAGAGCUGGGCGCGCCGUGCAGGCAGGGAGCAAACACAGUGGGCCUUGGGGGAGUGAAUUCUACACAACUGGCCAAGCAUGAUGAAUGGCCACACCUCUCCUCCUCUUGAUGUCCUGGCCACCAACGGCACUGAGCUGACCACCGUCCCCAAGACCGUGAAGGCCAUGCUGGGAGCCAGCACCCCCUCCGGGCCCCAGUCCAAGAGCAUCGCUGGGGUAUAUGUGGAAGCCUCCUGCCAGGCUCAGAGUCUCUACACGGCCAUGAAGCAGGGCCUCCUGUCUGGUGAGCUUGGGCUGGCUCUGCUGGAGGCCCAGGCCGCCACCGGGGGCCUUGUGGACCCCACGCAGGGCCACUUCCUGUCUGUGUCUGAGGCCGUGCGGCAGGGCCUGGUAGGCCUGGAGCUAAAGGAGAGGCUCCUGGUUGCUGAGCGGGCCGUCACUGGGUACCCCGAUCCCUACGGUGGCGGGAAGCUGGCACUCUUCCAGGCCAUCCGGAAGGAGGUGCUGGAGAGAGCACGGGGGUACAGCUGGCUAGAGGCCCAGCUGGCCACUGGGGGCCUGGUGGAUCCCAUUCAGGGUGUGCGAGUGGCCCCAGAGCUGGCCUGCCAGCAGGGCCUCCUGGACCAGGAGACGUGGCGUGGCCUGGCAGAGGGCGAGCCCAGCUCCGGUGCCCCUGGCUUCCUGGACCCCAACACAGGCGAGUGGCUGUCCUACCGCGGGCUGCUGGGCAGGUGCGUGAGAGCCCCCAGAACAGGGCUGGCUCUGCUGCCCCUCAAGACCACUUUCCAGACCCUGAGUGGGGCAGUGAGCUUGGCAGAGCUGCUGGAGGUGGGGGUCCUGGAUGGGGAGACUGCCCAGGGCCUUCAGGAGGGCAAGCUGGUGGCGUCAGAGGUGAGCACACGGGCUGCCAUGGACUCGGUCAAGCGCUACCUGCAGGGCACGGGCGGCGUGGCGGGGGUUGUCCUGCUGCCCGCGGGCCACAAGAAGAGCUUCUUCCAGGCCAUCACUGAGCACCUGCUCCCGAUGGGCACGGCACUCCCGCUCCUGGAGGCUCAGGCUGCCACCUGCACGCUGGUGGAUCCAGCCACCGGCCGGCGCCGAAGCGUGGAUGAGGCCGUCAGGUCAGGCCUGCUCGGCCCGGAGCUCCACAGGCAGCUGCUGGUGGCCGAGCAGGCGGUGACGGGGUACGAUGACCCCUUCAGCAGAGGGCGAGUCUCCCUCUUCCAGGCCAUGAAGAAGGAGCUGGUGGACAGGCCUCUGGCGCUGCGACUCCUGGAUGCCCAGCUGGCCACAGGUGGGCCAGUGUGUCCAGCCCGCAGGCUCCGGCUGCCCCUGGAGGCCGCCCUGCGCCUCGGAUGCCUGGACGAAGAGACGUGGCAGUGUGUCUCCCGGGCCACUGGCUUCUCAGACCCCGGCACACAGGGGAGCCUUGGCUAUGGGCAGCUGAUGGCCCGCUGUGUCACUGACCCAGAGACAGGGCUGGCCUUCCUUCCUCUCUCAGGCGGGACCCUCGGAGGGGAGCCACAAGGACCCCCAUUCAUUGGCCACAGCACCCGGCAGGCCUUGAGUGAGGCCACGGCCACCAUCUCCGUGGGCAAGUUCCAGGGCCGGCCCGCCUCACUCUGGGAGCUGCUCUUCUCCGAGCCCAUCUCCGCAGAGCAGAGGGCGGCACUGGCCCAGCGGCACCAGGAAGGCGCCAUCUCGUUGGAGGAGCUGGCGGCGGUGCUGAGGGCCACCCUGGAGCAGGCUGCAGCCACGGCCCGGACCACCUUUGCUGGGCUCAGGGGGCCCGUGACGCCAGAUGAGCUGUUGAAGGCAGAGAUCAUCGACCAGGACGUGCACGAGCAGCUGAAGCGGGGACAGACCACAGCCCGGGACGUGGGCAGGCUGGACUCGGUCCAGAGGUACCUGCAGGGCACUGGCUGCGUUGCGGGCAUGCUGCUGACCAGCUCCCGGGAGCGGCUCGGCAUCUACGAGGCUCGCGGGAAGGGGCUUCUCAGGCCCGGCAUGGCACUCAUCCUCCUGGAGGCACAGGUGGCCACGGGCUUCAUCCUUAACCCGAAGGAAAACAGGACAUACUCUGUAGAGGAGGCACUGAGGGCCGGCCUCAUCGGGCCUGAUGUGUUUGCAAAGCUGCUGUCGGCCGAGCGCGCCGUCACCGGCUACACGGACCCCUACACCGGGGAGCAGAUCUCCCUCUUCCAGGCCAUGAAGAAGGGCCUCGUCGUCCGCGACCACGGCAUCCGCCUGCUGGAGGCCCAGAUCGCCACGGGCGGCAUCAUCGACCCCGUGCACAGCCACCGGCUGCCCGUGGACGUGGCCUACCGGCGUGGCUACUUCGACGAGGAGAUGAGCCGCGUCCUGGCGGACCCGAGCGACGACACCAAGGGCUUCUUCGACCCCAACACGCACGAGAACCUCACGUACCUGCAGCUGCUGGAGCGCUGUGUGCAGGACCCCGAGACGGGGCUGCGCCUGCUGCCCCUCGGCCGCUCACAGCCCGAGCUGGUGGAUGGCGCCACCCGACAGGCCUUCCAGAGCCUGCUGCUGCCUGUGAGGUAUGGGCGGUUCCGGGGACAGAGGGUUUCCGCGUGGGAGCUGGUCAACUCAGAGUGCUUCAGCGAGGACCAGCGGAGGCAGGUGCUGCGGGACUACCGACAGCACAGGGUGUCACUGGCGCAGGUGGUCCAGCUGCUGGGGAGAGCAGUGGGGAGGUGGGUGGACAUCACGCUGCCCAUGCUCCGGGGCCGAGUCACAGCCCACCAGCUCUGGGAGGCCCAAAUCGUUGACCAAGAGCUGCUGGACCGGGUGCUGGAGGGGGCAGUGAGCCCCGAAGCCCUCCUGCACGUGGACAGUGUCCAGCGGGCCCUGCGUGGCUCGGGUGCCGUGGGCGGCGUGCUGCUGCAGUCCUCCAGCCGGCGGCUCAGCCUCUACGAGGCCAUGAAGCAGAAGCUGCUGGGGCCGGGCAUGGCGCUAGCCCUGCUGGAGGCUCAGGCGGCCACCGCAGCCAUUAUUGACCCCCACGGUCUGGAGACGCUGUCCGUGGAUGAGGCCGUGCGCAGGAGGCUGGUGGGCCCAGAGCUGUACGGCAGGCUGAGGCAGGCGGAGGACGCUGUCAGCGGCUUCAGAGACCCCUUCUCUGGGGAGCGGGUGUCCCUGUUCCAGGCCAUGAAGAAGGGCCUUGUCCCUGCAGAGCAGGCUGCCCGCCUCCUGGAUGCCCAGGUGGCCACAGGAGGGGUCAUUGACCCCAUAGGCCACCAUCGCCUCCCCAUGCCCGUGGCCACCCAGCGUGGCUACCUCGACCAGGAGAUGGCGAUCGCCUUGUCCAGCUCCUCCAAGACCUUCCCCACGCUAGAUGGCCGGGGACACACCAGCUAUGCCCAGCUCCUGGACCAGUGUGUGAGGGACGAGGCCUCUGGGCUCUACUUCCUGCCCGUGCCAGAAAAUGCUGCUGCCGUCCCCACUGACGAGCAGGUCCAGGAGACCCUGCAGGCCAUGCCGGGGGCUGAGGACGGCACGUCCCUCUGGGAGCUCCUGAGCUCUUGCCGCUUCACUGACGAGCAGCGGAAGAGCCUCUUGGAGGACUUCAGGGCAGGGCAGACUACCGCGCAGCAGCUUCAGGAAACGGUGCAGAAGCAGGUGCGUGAGGCAGAGCUCCUGGCUCAGGCUUGUGUCACGGUGCCCGGCCCAAGGGGGGAGGUUCCUGCCGUCUGGCUGCUGGACGCUGGCAUCAUCACCCAGGAGACCCUGGCGGCGCUGGCUCAGGGCACACAGUCACCUGCCGAGGUGGCUGAGCAGCCCGCCGUGAAGGCCUGCCUGUGGGGUACGGGCUGCGUGGCCGGCGUGGUGUUGCAGCCGUCGGGGGCCAAGGUCAGCAUCAGCCAGGCCAUGAGGGACGGCCUCUUGCCUGAGGGCCUGGGGCGAAGGCUGCUGGAGGCACAAGUGGCGUCUGGCUCCCUCAUUGACCCUCUGACCAACCUGAGGCUAUCUGUGGAAGGCGCAGUCAAGGCCGGCCUGGUGGCUGGGGCACUGCAUGAGCAGCUCCGGCAAGCCGAGAGGGCCGUGACCUGGUACACUGACCCCUAUUUAGGAGGCGCCCUCUCACUGUGGCAGGCCAUGGAGAAGGGGCUGGUGCCCCACAGUGAGGGCCUCCCCCUCCUACAGGUGCAAUUGGCCACAGGGGGCGCAGUGGACCCUGUCCACGGGGUGCACCUGCCCGAGGCGGCAGCCUGCAGGCUUGGCCUCCUGGACGAGCAGGUCAGCCGGGUGCUAACCUCAAUGGCCGAGGACAGUAAGUUCUUCUUCGACCCCAGCGCACAGGAAAGGGUGACGUACAACCAGCUCAAGGAGCGCUGUGUCCUGGACACUGACACCGGCCUGUGGCUGCUUCCACUUGCCCAGGACAGGGUGCUUAAGGUGGACGAGCAUAUGCUGGUGGCCCUGAGGGCCAUGAAGGUGCCUGUUGGCACUGGGAGGUUCAAAGGUCUCAACGUGUCACUGUGGGACCUGCUCCACUCAGAGUACGUCGACAUCCACAAACGGCGGGAGCUGGUGGAGCUCUGCCAGUCCGGGAGGGCCACCGCCCUGCGGCACGUGGCUGUGGCCAUCACCGCCCUGGUUGAGACCUCAGAGAGACAGCCCUCGCAGGCCACCUUUAGAGGACUCCGGAAGCUAGUGUCGGCCAGUGACUUGUUUAGGUCCCGGCUGAUUGACAAGGAGACGCUGGACCUGCUGAAUCAGGGCAGAAGGACAGUGCAGGAGGUGAUGGAGAGGAGCAGCAUCAGGUGGUACCUGGAGGGAGGCAACUUCAUUGCUGGGGUCCUCAUCCAGGGCACAAAGGAGAAGAUGAGCAUCUACCAGGCCAUGUGGAAGGGCGUCCUGCGGCCCGGCACGGCCCUGGUGCUGCUGGAGGCGCAGGCGGCCACCGGCUUCGUCAUCGACCCCGUGCGCAACCGGAGGCUGUCCGUGGAGGAGGCGGUGGCCGCGGGCGUGGUGGGCGGCGAGAUCCGGGAGAAGCUGCUGUCGGCCGAGCGCGCCGUCACCGGCUACACGGACCCCUACCGGCGUGGCUACUUCGACGAGGAGAUGAGCCGCGUCCUGGCGGACCCGAGCGACGACACCAAGGGCUUCUUCGACCCCAACACGCACGAGAACUUAACCUACGUGGAGCUUCUCCAGAGAGCUACUGUCGACCCAGAGACGGGCCUCUUAUUUCUCUCUGUUAUUUGAGCAGAAUGGCCUUCCUUGGUGUUGUUGUUUCGUUUUCUAAAAACAUAUCGCUGUAUUUCAGCAAUCUCGAAAAGUCCGAGGAUUUUCGUAAUCUAUCCUCCUUGUUAUAUGUAUGUAUAUUUCUGAAAACAAAUCAAUAAUUUCCAUUUUCCUAAUGUCUUCACGUUUCACAUGUUGUGCUAAAAUUAAUCUAUGCUCUCAUGAUAUUCAUAUGUAAAUCUCCAGCAAUUUUUACUUGUCAAAUUUCAGUCUUUGUGUAUCUCAGUGAUGAAUAUUAGGUGACCUUUUCUGGUAAACUUUGUUGCAGUUAGUGCUAAGAAGUCUUUCCUUUGUUUUUUGUGUGUUUUUUUUGGCAUAUUCCACUGAAUAGUGUACAUCUGAUUGUUGUUUUCUUUUUUUAUUGAAUGUACUCUCAUACAUUUGAAAGAUAUGCUUCUGCUUGUGGACUAACUCAUUUCCUAUCAGUCAGUGGUCUGCGGCUCUUUGGGGUCCCUCUUGGUGCCCGUGCUUCCCACUCUGUGGUCAGUGAGGGUCUGAAUCUGUCUUAGAGCAGUCUAUUACAUAUGUCCCCUCACAGGGG